CUCUUUCUUCGCUUAUUUCUUCUGACUUCUGAGACUCCGAGGGCGCCGAGAGGUUCUCACAAACGACCGCGCGUGGAGGUAGCAACGCUCCUCUCUAACUUCUCCUCUUGGACUGGUGCUUUGCGCCAAGUAAACCUGCCGCUACCACAGUCACAUCGAUCUGUUUGUUUCCGGCCCAGGUUCUGUCGUGUCACCGCAGUUUCAAUAGCGCAUCAGAUAGCGCGAGCCUUCUCUGUUCAGUGUCGUCUUUUGCGGUGAAGACUGCUGGCCCGCCACCCCGCCUCGUCUCUGGGGUAUGCGGCGGUUCCAAGGAAGGAUGAAGAAGUCCUUCGGAGUUCUCGAAAGAGUUUUUCUGAGGCGUCUCUGUCUUCCGCAGGCUGGUCUCCAACUGCCUUCUCCGCAUGGAUCCGAGCCAGGGCCGUAACGGCCCUCCUGCGCGUCCGCCGCCUCAGCCUGGCGUGGCGGCUUCCCCGUUCCCCUCCUUCUCUCCGCCGCCUUUACCCCCGGUGCCUCUCGGUUCCUUUGACACUCAGCCGGGUGGUUCCCCUUCUCUCCCCGCCUUCGCAGCGUCUCUCUCCCCCACCUCGACUCACUCAACGACAGGGCGACUCAUCGGCCAACCGCGCGUCGGCGCCGAGACCUUCUCCCUGAAUCGGAACCUCUGCUCGACCUCGAGCUCUUCGUCCUCGACCUCCAACUCUUCGUCCUCGACCUCCAACUCUUCGUCCUCAUCCUCUAGCUCUUCGUCCUCGACACCAGCCUCUUCUUCGGCGUCCGCCUUCGCUUCCAUCUCCCCUCCCGGCGGUCUUCCGAGUGUCUUGUCUUCUGCGCCGGCGCCUCUGUGGCUCUCGGGGGGUUCGCAGGAUCCUCAGGGAGGAGAGAAAAACGCGUUUGCAGAGAACGGUUGGGCGGACUCUGGGGUGGUUCUUCCAGGCGACGAAUCGUCGUCGACAUCGAGUACGUCUCAGUCGCCAGAUGCGUCGCCUCGCCAGACUCUCUCCUAUCCCUCGGCGCCUCUCUGGGCGUCCUGCGAGGCGGUCGACUGGGCGCUGUCUCUCCCGUUUUCUCUGCCCUUCUCUGUGCUGCCGACUUCCACCCAGACGCUGCUCGGCUAUCCAAGAAGUCUGCGCUUCGUCGCGCGACUGCUCCGCCUCCUUGUCCCCUUCCCCAACUCUUUCGAGCCUUUCCAUUCCAAAAAACGAUGCCCUCGUGGCGCUUUCUCCGCCCUUGUUGAGGAAGUCCGCCAAACGCUCUCGCCGAAACUCGCUGGCGGCCUGCUGUAUGUACAGCGCACUCUCGACACCGUCGACGACGCGCUCUGGACCAAGCUACAGCACCUGCUGCAUAAGCCAAAUGAUGUUCAUGCAUUCCACGGCCUUCUUCUCGACAUCAUCUCCAGAGUCAAGUCCUUGGCACCAGGGGCGACGGCGAUCUUUCCCGGCGGCGUGUGUCUGGACGCCGACAGUCGCCCGACGUUUCUUCUCUUCCUCGUCCACCGUCUCCACAGGAGCACCUCCAGUUCUUCUUUUUCCGCUCCCUACGGAGAGGGCGCAAGUGGCUAUGCGUCGGCGUCUUACGCCUUCGCGGUCAUCAACGCCUCCGGUUGCGGCUCCGAGUUCCACGCCUACCGCCUCGAACAGUACCCCUCGCCAGGCGCAGUCCAGCGAGAUUUGCUGUUGGUGUUGGAAGAUGUGAACGCCGACCACGUGGUGCAUUCGUCUUUCUGGUUUGCGGUGUAUCGCCUCCUGCUUUCGCCUUCGCCCACCAACUUCCACGUCCUUUACACCGUGCUUCUCCCGCACUUGAACGGAAAGCCUCUGCUGCACAACUGGCUCGUGUCUCCUUCCUCCCCGUCGCCAGAUUCGUCCUUCGUCUGUCUCGCUUCUUCCUCUUCUUCUUCCUGGGGCUCGACGGUUCUCUCUUCUGUGGCUGCCGCAGUUGGUGGCGGGGCGCGUGCGAACGGGACGAAGGGAGAAGAGACAUCGAAGGAAGGGAAGGACGUUGACCUAAGCAGCGCUGCGCUUGUCAAACCUGCGAAACUCGGUGGAUGUUGGCGCCCAGCGCCGCAGCUCCGGACUGCCGGAUCCUCCAUUCAGGGCGCACAAGCGGUCUUCGUCUUUCUUCUCAGGUGUUUCGGCUUAUCUGAAGAAGAGGCGACGAGCGGCGAAGUGGUUCUUCACCUGGCUUUUGCGUUGCUGCUCUUGGAGGAUCUCUCACGUCUGCCGACCCUCGUCGGCGCCUCGUCUUCUCCGGACGCAGAACUCUUGCCUGCGCUUGGUCGGUGGCUGCGGACCCGACAAGGAGCAGCCCAGGCCGCUGCCUCUUCCUCGCUGGGUUUCUCCUUCGACCGAUCGCAGGCGUUGCUCGUCUCUUUCGCGAUUCAAAAUCUCGGGCGUCUCGCGAGUGAGCAGGCAUGGCAGCGGGCCUUCUUCGCCUCCCGCGCGUCGCUCCUCGCCCCGCAGUUCAGGUGUAUAUACACCGCAUUGCUUCGCCUCAAGGGCGAGAUGAAUGGGCGACUCUCACUCGCGGCCCGCGGCUUCGGCGCAGGUGGAUGUACACUCCAACCCGCGGCGUGUACACCCGAGAUUCGCUUCCCCGGCGCUGCCGUCUUCCCCCACUUUGGCAGUUUCCGGCUAGAUGGCGCCGCGACAGACGAGGAGGCUGGCCAGGCCGCUGCGCUGCCCUUCCCGCUGCCAGUCGAUCUUAGCUCAGCGGCGGAGAGAGUCGAGACCAUCGACGGUGUCCUUCGGGCUCUCCGGAAGGCCGUGGACGCCUGCGUUUUGCUCGGAAAUCAGGAAAGGCGGAUUCCGAACUCCUACUGCUUUCGCUUCCAACUCAUCGUCGACCUUUUUCUCCGGGUUGUGCCUCUGCCGCUUCCGCACACCGAUCCGCUGGUGUCGCAGAGUCUGUGGCAUGCAGCGGCGCUUCGGCGAGACACGCAGAUCGAAUUACUGCGUUUGUUGCAUGCGUUAGCUCGCCACUUUGCCGCAACUUUCUUCUCUCUGCCCAACUCUCGCUCAAUGGACGCCGAGCGCCUGACGACCAUGGCGGCUGUCUGCUGUCUGGCCGACUGCAUUUUGCGGCUGCCUGCAUGCGACGAGCCCUCCACAGUUUCUCUCUUCUACUCGGGACUCGCAGACGGCCCUGUUCAGCCGUUUGUCUUCGACAUCUCCGGCUUCGCUGAAGAGUCGUCCUUCCUCCUCUUGUACGACCCCGUCUACGCCACCGCCCGAACGCAGAUUUUGGAUUACUUUAGUGCACUUCGUCGAGAAGUCCCGUGGUCUCACGUGAUGUUUGCAUGGGAGAAGGGUCUGCACCUGGGUGAAGGCGACCGUCUCUUCCUCGAGCAUGUGGCGGUGUCUUGGGCGUUUCCGCGGCAGCGGCCGAGCGUGGAGUUGUAUAUGUCUGGAGAGAAGAGCGAUAUCGCGGACUUGUUCCCGGAAUUUGUGUAUCUGAGAGACUUGGUCUUCAUGUUCAAAGCGCUGAUGACGCCGGCGGCGAACGCUCUGCCUGACCUGCGACGGUGGUCGGUGGCGGACGCGACGCUCCGGUGGCGCUUCGACCCGACAGAGGAGCGUUUCAGCGUCACGGCGUUUCAAAAGCAGCUGAACUGCUCCUUCUUCGGGACAGAAAACGACUACUACGAGAAGGUCCGGAGUCAAAAGGGUGCGGUGUAUCGACAGAGUGUUUUUCAGCGCCUCGCGCAGUGGCUGGGGGUCGGCGAGAAGCCGCGCGCGCCGCCGUCUGGCGCCGAUCCGUCGACGCUUUUGCCGGCGUCUGCGCUCGCCGCGGGAGAUCGAAUCACGACUGAGGAGGACGUGCUGUACAUCAAGAAACUCCCGACGUUCAACGCAAGUCUCCGACCGCAAGACUGCGAACUCCUCCUCCAGUACCUGACUGCGCCCUACUUGCGCAUCCCCCUUGUCACACAGUUCUUCGCCGAGGAAGGCCGCGCCGAUGCCCUCGUCUUGCCGCAACUCCAACUCGUCUUCUCCGCUGUGCUCUUCGAACCGUGGCACUUCCAACAUGAGGAGACGAAGAAAGCUCCCGACCUCGUUCCGCCCGCGAGUCGGAGCUACCUCGCGACUCCCCUCGGCCUGCUCUUCAACGAGCUCCAACACUCGCCGCAGACCCUGCUUUCGUCCCUCGGCGAACUCCUCGCCAUCGCCAUCGACCGCGAGACCGGCGCCUACGGAGGCCCGAGCGCUCUCCUUCUCCUCUACGUCAUUCGCGUUGUCGUCAGAGUCCAGUCCUACGUCCUCUUCAUCCUCAGACACAACCGGUAUUGGAAAGAAGGAUGGCAAGGCGCCUGUGUUCCGUCAGCGUGCGAAGCCACCAGACGACGCGUCACCUCGUCGGAGUAUGGAGACGGGGGACUGGGGGUUGAGGACGAGUCUGGGGGGGGCGAGCAGAGUGAGAAGGGUGAGAAAAGAAAGGCUGCAGGAGAGAGAGAGGACAGAGAGACUCCUGGCGCAUCUGCUGCGCUGCCGAUGAGCCGCAGCGGGUGGGCGGCGCGCGUGCGGGGCCUUCCGUCUCUGUCGAAGGAGACGCUAGCGACGCUUCGGUCUUGGCAGGAGAAACUCGAGGCUCGGCUCCGCGGCGAGGUUUUGCACUUGUUGGAGACCUGGGCCUACAAGGCAGUCGCGGACUCGGAUAUCCGAGCGGCCUGUCGCCUGUACGCCCACAUCGCUCUCCUCUACCAGAAUUGCGUCUGGGAGGAGCUCAAUGCGCACUCUGUCUCUGCGCUCCUCGUCUCUCUCUUCUUCAUCUUUUCGCACCACAAAUUCGCGCUCGAGUUGCCGAUGAGCGCGGCCUUCACGGACUCGGGCGGCGCUCUGGGCGCGGGCGCGUCCCCGAGUCCAACAAGCGGUGCGGGGGCCGCCGGCGCGCCGUUUUUGGGCAUCGUCUCGCCGAGCGCAGGCAUUUCUGGCGGGAGUCUCUCGGGCUUUGGGUCGAAGACCCCCGUCGCCACCAACAGUGCAACUGCAGCGGCGAUGGGCGCGAAGCGGGGCCCUCCAACGGCGAGUGGAGGCGUGGGGUCACUUGGAGACAGUGCCGGAGACAGUGGCGCGGGUCCGGUCCUCGGGGGUGGGGCUUCCGGCACAGAUGGCGCCGACGACGUCGACUCGCUCCUCGGCGGCGACCCGCUCGGCUUGUCGGACAUGGCAGUAUUCCAAAUGCUUCAGCAACACCGCCUGCAGCUGCUGCGUUGGCUGGAAUCUCACCAGGGAGACCAGGGCGCGAACGAGGUGCUCGAGGCCGUGGUCCGCACGGCGACCUUCACAGGAAAGCGCGCGUGGCGCGACGAGAACUUUCUGUCUCUGAUUUGUGGGAAACGAGGAGAGGAGACGACGCGCGAGACCGCGGACUCCGUCGACCUCCUCGAGCUCGACGGCGAGAAGACCGGGCGCGGAGGCAAGGCCCGACAAGAGACGGUGGUCAGUCUCCUCUCCCAAGGGGGACCUGGCGACUCGAGUCCUCGAGGGCCUCUGGGCGAGGGCAGAAGAAGAGGCGAAGACGAUGCCCUCGUCGCCAGAGACUGGAGAGAGGUCGGAGACAGAGCCGCAGCCGGCGGACUCGGCGGACGGGGUCGCUUCGCGCCGGCGACGCAUGGCGAGGCGGACAGGCAGGAAAGACACCUCAGCGAACUGGAGAGCGGCGACGACGACCGAACGAAGAACGCGUUCGGCGCCACUGAGACGGUCGUGAGUCGACUUAAGCGAUUCGUGGGUCGAGAGAAAGGUGGAGAGAAGACGCAGACAGGGGGGUCUGGACUCGAGCGAUACGAACGGUGGCUACGCAAACAAAUUGAUGUCCCCGGAGACACAGAAAUCAACCUGCAGCUCGCGGAGUUUACGUUGAAGCGCAAUCAGAUGGAGAUGUUGGGGGAGUGGGCGAACGACUUCGUGGACUUCACGGAUCUCUUCGGCCUCGUCUCGCGAGAAGGGUCCUUCCAGUGUGCGCUGGUGGCGAACACCACGGAGCGUCUCUGGUGUCGCCUAGUGGGCAGACGCUACGAUUUGCAGCGAUGGGAGCCUCCGAGCUCGGACGCCUUUCUCUCUCGUGACGGCCCGUUCGCGUCGCUCUUUGAAGACUUCACGCGCGUCUACUCGCCUUUCUCGAGUUCUUCGCUCGCGGACGAAGAGACUUGGGUCCCCGCCGUGCUCGACCCGUGGCUAGCCAGGGGGCUGCUGCCCCCCGCCUCUGUGCUGCUCCUCCCGCGCAUGAAGCCGACACGGUACAUCGCUGUGGCCUCCAACUUCUUCACGGCCGGCGCCCAGACGCUCAAGAACAUGUUGGGGACCGAAAAGGCGCAGUCGGCAGAUCCGGCGAACCGCGCAGGCGACGCGCAGGAGACGUGUGAUGCCGAGAGCGAGGCGGCGGAAGGAGGUGGAGGCGACCGACAGGCGGAGACCGGUGCGGAGGCGAGUAGGGGCGAGGAACACAAGACAGAGGGGGAGACCGUCCAACCUGCGACCGUGCGGCUUCUCUGUCUCUGUCCCCUCGAUGUGCUGACGCCGGGGACAGGGCAUGUCGGCUCGAGUCGGGCCGACGGCGCGAAAGGCAGAGACACCGAGGCCUUCAGAGACGGCGAGGCGGCGUCCGGCGAGAGCGGCAGCGCGUUCAGUGCGAAUGUCUCCAUCCUGCCUCUCAUCGCGCAUUACCACCCACUGGACAUCCAAGACGUCGCGCUCCUCGCAGCCAAAGACGACGACAGUCCAAGCGCGUCUGGCGACGGCGUCGCAGCGGCUCUCUUGAGCGGGGCGGCAGCGACGAUAUCGGAACUCUCGGGCGUAGGGUCUGGUUCUUCUGCGGCUUCUUCCUCUUCCCCUCCACCUCCGACAGUUCGCGUUUUGAAGGAAAUCAUUGUCCAGAGAGACCCGCCUCUCGUGCUCGUUUUCAACCUCGUGGAGCAGGGCCGAAAGCUCUUUCGAGAGCUCUGCUACGCCUCCGACGCCCGGCAUAGCUUCGACUCUGUUCCCUUCAAACGCCUCGACGAAGUCGGCUUCUCCUCGCCUUGUUCGCCGUCUCCUUGUCCGCCUUCUUCUGCUGUUCUUUGCUCGCCGUCGCCGGUGCUCUGCACGGGGGUGCCGGCUGCCUUUCCGCGCUCAGGGUGGCGAGGCCCUGUCUCCUUUUUUUCAGCGAAGGACGGUGCCCCGAAGCAGGAAACAGCAGACAGGGGGAAGGACAAGGUGGGCAAGACGCGAAGCGAACUGAGAGCAGCAUGGCCGACGCUUGUGGUCGCGAGGAACCUCGACGCGGGGACGGACCAGGAGGUCUACGUCCCGACACGAUUUCUCAGGGGCCUCGUUCCCUUUGCCCUGUUGGAGGACUACGAAUUCUGGCAGCGGUUGAGCGACGGACGCAUCUGCGGCUCGUCGCGACCGCGCUCGGCCUCUCGCGCCACGAGCGCCGUCGUCGCGCGCUCCGCCAUCCACAUUCACCUGGUUCACACGCAAACGCGAGGCAAGUGUGUCGAGCUCUCUGACGCUUCUGCAAUCGUUCAGAGAGUCGCCAUCAAAACGCCAAAGAGAGGCCCCGGCGGCCUCGCUUCUUCUCUUGCUUCGCUUUCUUCUUCUACUCUCGCGUCUGCCUCUGUGUGUUCGUCCACCCCGUCGGUGGCUUCUGCUGCUUCGGCUCGCCGCGGUGAGGCGGAACGCGACGGCGAAGACGAAGUGAGGAGGCGAGACGGAGGUGCAUGCGGAGAGGAGGACGACCCUCCCGAGGUCCACACUUUGUUCAACCUUCAGUUGAUUGACAAAGCCUGUCCUCUGUUCGACGUCGUCGAAAGUCUCAAAAGAGUCGAAGAACUGAGUCACAUCCUCGUCUGGUCGACUGGAGGAGGUAUCCAGCCCAAAGGACCGACAGACCUCGCUUCCCUCAGACAACCUCUCACCCUCGACCUCAUCGAACUACCGAGACUGGGUUUGACGUUUCGAGCACAGCGUCCGCCUGUUCGACCUUCUUCCCAAGCGAAGUCGGCUGCGGUGUCUCUUUGCACCAAGUACAUGUGCGAGCAGCACAGCGGUCUGUUUCUGUCGACUGGAGAGAUCUUGAAGUCUCCGUUGACGGCGCGGCUGAUUCAGGGCCUGCCUCCGUCUCUGCUGCUCUCCAACGAAGAGGGAGACUUGUUUCUGCUUCUUGCCGCGACCGCCAAGCCGUAUCGUGUCUUCCGCAAGUCCUGCCUGGCGGCGACUCUCGCCAUGUCUCCUCCGGCUCGGGAAGAAGGCCCCUUCUCGGGCGACAGGCCAGGCGGCCUCUACUCCCCGACAGCCACGGCGGUCGACGCGAGAAGGAAUGAAGAGAGACAAAAGGACAGAGGCGUCGCGAAUCAGCUCGCUGCAGGCUCGAGCGCCGUCGGCCAAGCCGUCGCGGCCUUCAUGCGCGGCGGGAAAGACGAACGCGAAGAAAUCGAAAAAGGAAACAUCCACAGUGCUCACGAGCUGCUGGAUCUCCUCGAGCCGUCGGUGGUUUUCGACUACUCCGAUCCUCGUUGGCUAUGCUCUCUGCGGGGUUCGCGUCACUAUGUUUACCCCAUUCACUCUUCUCGCUCUUUUCUCUUCAUCCCGACAGCGGCCGCAGGUCUGUAUCUGCUUCUGCUUCGCUACCUCGCGCGUCAGUAUGGCGAGGUUUGUCAACUCGUCGAGACCAUUGUCUUUGCGGAAGACGCGGAGAAGACUUCUCUGGAGGAGCAGCAGAUCUGGGCCUUGAUCGGCCAGCUGCAGAUCUACAGCCGAGACUUUCAUCCCGACGCCCACGCCUGCCGAAUCAAGAUCUGGCUCGCGGCCUAUCGCCAGGGCCUCACGGGCUCCGUCGCCCUUGGCGGGAAGGCCGACGGCGCCCUCCAGGGUGUCUCCUCGUUCGCGUCGCUGCCUCGCGGCGCGCAGACCCCGCCGGGCGAGGGCGGGGACUCUGGAAGAGACAGCAGAGACAGUCGAAAACGCUCGGGAAAGAAGGUUGCCUCGAAGUCGGCGCCCUCUGCCUUGGCCCCCGCGGGCCUGCUCAGCGCUGGUCGCGACCACGACAGCUCUGCAGGCGGCUCAGGGCGACGGUCUGCCCCCCCCCCAAGUCGUUCUCGGCUUCCUGACAAGAAGCGGAAAGGGAAGCUGGCUUGGCUUCCCGCCUUCUCGUCGGGACGCAAGUCGACACUCGGCAUUGCCUCGCGACUCCUGGACGGCGACACCGCCCCACUGGCCUCGGGUUUGGGCGACGCCCGAAGCGCGGCUGGGCCCCAAAACGAAGGACCCGGCGGAGGCUCCAGCCGGUCUGCAGGCCUCGAGUUUUCUUCUGCGUCCCAGUUUCGGUCCUUCUUUGCUUCGUGGGAUAUCUUCCAGGACCUGCUGUUGUACGUUCGGAAGGUGAGCUUUGUCUCUGCUGCCUGUCGCCUGGCUCUCGAGGAAGAACUGGAGCUUCUGCGCCUCUGCCCCGCCCACCUCCAGGCGCUGCCCGAAGUCGGGAACCGCAUCACCGUCCUCGCCGCGAUGCUCGAGGGAAAGAGCCCGAAGCCCCGAGCUGUCUCGUCUCCCCCGACCGGACCGAAGGCGUCUCUGGAGCCCAAGCCUCGAAGCCGCGACCCCGGAGGCGUGGACGCCUCCAAAGUGGAUCUGUCGUCUUCUCUCUCUCUCUCGGACCCGAGACUUGUGACUAUUUCCGGUCUGGCGGUGCCCGCAGUGCCGCACAUCGACGACUUUGACGCGGUCGAGGACGCGGGGUGUUUGGCUAGCGAGGACUCCUCGCUGUCGACAUUCUUGGAUGCAUGCGCGAACUUUGUGUCGAAUUUCGCCGUGCGGCGCGCGGACCAGGAAGACGCGCUCCAGGGCCCGGAGGCGCUCACGUUUGUGGGAAAGUUGCUGGACAACGGCCUUCGCGUUUCUGACUUUCUCUUGCUCUACGAACUGCUCACGAAUGCCUUUCCUCUGCGGGUCUUCUCUGGAGAGGCGCCGCAUCUCUGGGGGGCACUGCUCACCCGUUAUCUCCCUUCCUGGGAUGUGAAGUCGAAGAACAAGAGUGUGGCGAUUCUCCGCGUUUUGAUGGCGAAUCCAGGUCUCGCCGCGAGCUUCCCUCAUCUUCAAGAGAGCGAUAAGAAGUCCAGACUACCGUCGCUGGGGCUCGUCUUCCGGACGCAGGAGCCGUUCCAAAAGCUGCUGAAGGAAAUCCAGCAAACUCUCACGGACUUGAGUCGAGGCGGGCGACUCCGGCAGCCGCCGGUCCUGCCCCCCGGCCUCACGCGCCGAAUCUCGAACGCAGUCGAGGCCUGGACGGCCGACGCGUGGCAGAACCGCGCGGCCUUGGCGCUUCGCGUCUUCGACUACUCGUGUGAGUCUCGCGCGCUCUUCCCGGUCGACGGAAAGAAGUACUCAGGAGUUUUCUCCGUCUUCGUCGAGCAGCAAAAGGUCCUCCAAGUCCCUGGCGCCGCGGACGCGAGACGGGGAGAGGAGAGAAGAGCAGACGAGCGCAGUGGUGUGUGCAGAAAGGACGAGAGUCGGGGGGGCGACUUGGCGCCCGACGGGCCAGGAACGCGGCGCCAGGAGACAGGAGACACGCGGGACGGGAGGAAGGGCGCGGCGGAGGAGGCGAGGGACAGUCUGUCGGUUGAAGAGCUUCAACUCACGAAGCAGGCAAUUGAGGCGUUCGCGUUGCAGCCGCUUGCAGGGAUAGGACUCAGCAACUUUGUGGCUUGGGCAAGAGAAGAGACCCAAGAGACGGUUGGAGACCGCGAGGGGAAGGCUGCCGACGCGCUGCCUUUCGUCCUCGACCAUCAUCCCGCAGCUCAAACUCGCAUCGGCCAAGCGACUCUCCAGAGACUCAGACACGAAGUCCGAACCUACGAAGAGCAAGUUUCAAGACGUCUGCAGCCGAUUCUGAAAGGCUUUUCCCGCGCGGAAGUGGGGGCGAUGCUGCGGUCUUCGUCGGCGCUGGCGAAGGUCGUCGCGUUUCUCUCCUCACUUCGACAGAGGCUCUUUCAGGCGUUCCUCGCGGACGGACGGUUCGUCGACCGGUCGAUUCGCCUCACGUCUGCAAUCUGCAAUUCUCUCCCGGACUUCGAUCCUGCGCUCGUCCCGGAGAAGCGCGCUAAGACGGAUAAGCGAGAGGAACAGGAGAAGAAGGACGAGGGGAAGACGCGAGAGGAGACGGAUUUCGCCGGGUCUGCAGAGCCUCCGACGACCUCCUUCGAGGCGCUGCUCUCCCAGGAGUCGCGCGCGGUUGUCUCCGGUUGCUUGACAGAGAAAAACGAGAAGAAGCAAACGCGACUCGUCAGCCAGUGGCUCGCGGCUGAAGAGGCGAGGAGAUCUCAGAAAGGUUCUUCAAAGGCCAAAGACAAGCAAAAGACGCUGACGCAACUCGAGUGGGCCUUCACUCUGGGAAAACUCGCAGGCACUGAACUCACGCUCUCCUUUGAUUUCCUCGUCUCCCUCAUGAUGAGUCGAGACGCGGAACAGUACCUCCUCAAACUCAAUCCGUUCCUUGACCCAGAGAUGCUCCAAGACGUCUUCAGUCUGGUGGGCGGCGUCUUGUUGGCUGUGAAUCGUCGGGCGCAGGUCUGUCGUUGCCUGCGGGAGGUCGUCUCUCUCAUGCGCCUCCUGAAGCAACACUCAACGGCGUUGCAUGCGCCAGUUUCCAGCGACAAAGAAAAGCCUCAUGGCCGACUUUCGAAUCUCCUUCCGCGAGCCUUCCACCGCGAGACAUCUGCGAACCGCGCGGCGGUUUCAGGGGCUCCUGGCGGGCGCGACUCGGCUGUCGUCCCCCAGGGGUCGAACGAGGACUGCGAGAAAGAUCCGAGCCGCAGUGAACGGACAGAAGAACGAGAAGACCUCGAACAAGCCAUUCUUGCCAUCCGCAUGAGAGCUGUCAACUGUGCAGAGCAACUCGCAGCAAAACGACACUCGAUGGAACUCCCCAACUCCCAUCCCUCUUCUUCUUCUUCUCCUUCUCCUCCUUCGCCUCCUCACUCUGCUUCCCUCGCUUCUUCUUCGGUUGUCAUGGCUUCCUACGACCCUCGCUAUUUGGUGUUUGAGUUUGCGUACAACCUUUUGCUGCGUGCGUCUCAGGUGACGCUGUUGAGCCAGUUCCGGAAGCACGUCGCUGAGGGCCGUUCGCUCUGUCACCAGAUGAUUAUGGGGGCGGGGAAAACCACAGUGAUUUCUCCUCUGUUGGCGCUUCUGCUCGCCGACGGCUCGCGGCUCGUCGCGGAAGUGGUGCCUCUCAAUCUUCUCGAGUUCACACGGUCUGUGCUGAGAGAGCGCUUCUCGGCGGUCAUUCGCAAGGGGGUGCAUACCUUCCACUUUUCGCGCUACGACCAUGCCAGUCAGAGAAUCUACCUGAAGCUUUUGCAAGCCAAGGAGACGGGGGCGAUUGUUCUCUUUGACCCAACAACGCUGAAGAGCUUCUUCCUCAAAGCCAUUCACCUUCUCCACACGCUCGACCUCGCCUACCGCGCGCGCGAGUACGUCGAGGAAGUCGCGCGACUCUCCGAAAUCGAGAAGGCUGUGCUCGCAGGACGCUCGCAGCUUCAGAAACUCCAAAGCAACUUUGCCAAGCUCCUUGGAUUCCAGAAAUCAGAUGAAAAAGACUUCUACUUGGACGCCGCGUCGCUGUCUGUGCCAGAGCGUUUGAGUGAGCCAGAGCUGCGUCAGUGUCGUCGGGAGUUGGACUUCUCACUACGCAUUAUGCAUCUGUUCUCGACUGGCAUCUUGAUGAUUGACGAAGUCGACCUCAUCCUCCACCCGCUGCGAAGCGAGCUUCACUGGCCAGUCGGCCGGAAACUGCCUCUGGACUUCACGACAAAAGAAACGUCUCUUUUACCUCUUCCUGCUUGCCAUCCUUCCUCUUCUCACCCUGCUCCCUCUUCCUCUUCUCUCUGUGCUUCUUCUCUCUCUUCGUCUUCUCUCUCUUCUUCUGCUCUCUCUUCGUCUCUGUACGGAGGGACAGGAGUGCGUGGCGGCGACGGAAAUCAGGUCGCGGAGGCGUCGUAUGCGGGCCGAUGGGCAGACGGGAAGGGAGCGCAUGCAGAGCAGGUCUCGCGAGAUCCUCCGCUGGCGUUUCUGUUUCUCGAAGAAGACCGCGGAGCGGGGCUUCGGUGGAAGCUGCCGUGGCAUCUGCUUGACGCUCUCUUCUUCUGCGAGGGCGACGCGAAAGGCCAGGGCCGCAUGACGGUGCCUUUGACAAACAGUGGCGAAGCUUGGAAGCUUCUCCACCAAAUUCGAGAGACAGUGCGGGCAGGCCUCGCGCAAAAAGCGGUCUUGAAAAAUCCACACUUUGUUCUCCUCUCUGUCAAGUGGUACGAGGAACAUCUCAAGCCCCUCCUCGCCAGAUGGCUGCUCCUCGGCUUGACUGUCUUCUGGAAGUUCACCGGACUCUCAGACCAACAGGCUCUCCUCUACAUUACACUCCCCAUGGACGUAGGUCCUUCAGCUGCGGCGCGCGCAGCGUCUGCGGCGAGUCCGGCGGCUGUCGGGGAUGGAACUUCUGCCUCGAGUUUCAAGGGCGACUUGAUGUAUGUGGAGCUGUUCGAAGCAGUCGACAGGCUCCAAGAUGGUCACGUCAAGCUUCUCAAUCUUUCCAGGGAGUGGCUGAACAGCCUCCUGCCUCACGUUCUCAAGAAAGUCAACCGAGUCAGCUAUGGCGUCAUGACGGUGUCGGAACUUGAGCAGCAUUUGCGGCUGAAUCCUUCGUUACCUCGCACGCGGCAAGUGCUCGCGAUUCCGUUUGUCGGAAAAGACACCCCGAGUCACGCGUCGGAGUUCGCCCAUCCAGACAUCGUCAUCGGCACCACGAUCCUGAGUUUUAGGUACCAGGGUCUGCGUUUCUUCGACUUCCUCGCGGUGCUCGCCGACUUGCAAGACCGGCUGGAGUCUCAAUUCUCCUUCGGACCUCUCUCGUCUCGACCCCCGGUGCGCGAGUACGUCCAGUGGGUCGUUCACGCAGGAGGCAGCGUGAGAGGUACGCAGCGCCGGAUCGACAAAGAUACGGCUUGGAUGCGGAGUCUCCUUCUCAGGGCGCAGCGGCGACGAAACAGAGACGCUGGAGCGUCGGACGAGGCCCGCGAACAAGUGAAGACGACCGCCGCGACUAAGGCGUCGACGUCGGGGACAGAAAGCACGGAAACGUCGGAGGGAAGGUCGAGUGGAGAUGAGCGGCUCGUGACGACAACGGUCCACUGCGAAAGAAACGAGAAGAAAUCUCGGUUUCGUAGGUUGCGGAGUUUCGGCACUCGCCGCCGAUCUCUACGCUCUCUCGCCUCUCCAACCUUGACGACGGCUUCUCUGAACGGAUCUUCUUCUCCUAACGGGUCUUCUGCUUCGUCUGCGGGGUCGAGUGCGUUGCUGGCUCAUGUGUAUCCGCCGGACGUGGACGAGCACGGCGGCCGGACGACGACGCGCGACCUUGACGUUCUUCUGUUUCAGAAGAUCUGGCCCCUGGACCUGUUGGAUGUCUCCGACCGCGAGCACGUCGACUGUCUGUACAGGCUCCUCUGGCGAGAGCCUCUCGUGAUUGCCGCGUAUCUCUUCCGCCUGAUCUUCCCCGCGACGCUCGAGUACGCAGGGCAGCAGCUGUCGGCGUCUGGGCAGGAAAUUGGCGGCAGCAUGCUUUUCCCGAUUCGUCUGGGCUUCUCCGGCACACCUUCGGAUCUCCUCCCGAUCGAAAUGGGCGCGUGCAACUACGAGGCCGGGACGGACGGCAAGAUGGUCAAGUGCCUCACAGACCCCGCCGUGCUCUCCUUCCAACUCCUGCAAGACGACUGGACGGUCGACGCUCUCCUCGACUUUGUCGCGAAGAACGCGGGCGGCGGCGAAAGACGCAGAGGCCCCGAGAAGCUCCAGGGCCUCUCCGAAAACAGCGGCGUCGAACGCACCGAGAACAAGAGCAAUGCGAGCCGCUGGAGACGCGGUGGGCGCAAGGCAGACGGCGAAGAAGACGAGAAGAGCCGCUUCGGAAGGCCCCUUGUCCUCAUUGACACGGGGGCGCUGAUCACGGGGAAAUCGAAUUUGGAAGUCGCGGCCAUUCUUCUCUCUCGGGGCCUACCAGACAUGGAGGGAGUUGUCUUCUUAGACGAACAAGACAGGCAAAUGGUCCUCAUGCGAGAAGACUGGCGUAUCGUCAAACUCGCGCAAUGCGGCAUCGCCGUCGACAAACGCUUCACCUUCUACGACCAUGUCCACACCACUGGCCAAGAUAUCAAGCAGGCUCCAGACGCGACGGCGUUUCUCACGAUUGGGAAGGACAUGGCUUUCCGGGACUACGCGCAGGGUGCGUGGCGCAUGCGUCAGAUCGGGCAAGGACAGAAAAUCUGUCUGCUCGUUCCACCGGAAAUCGGAGAACUCGUUGUGAAGCACGCGCGACUUGCGCAGACUCUGCGUUUCAACGAGACGCUUUUCCCUCAAGAAGAAAAGCCAGCGUCGUCGCCUCAUAGCUCCACUCUAAAUCGUGGACCUCCUGGAUCUCGCCUUGCUCUCCCCCCCUUCCCUUCCUCCACUGGAUCAGGUUGCUUCUCUUCUUCAGACGUUUCCUUCUCUUCGUCAAGUUCGUCUUCCGUCUGUGCCCUCUCUCCGUUUCCUGCUGGGGGGCUGUCUCCUGGGCCGCUGUCGGGUGAGGCCCUGAGUGUGGGGUGCCGCGAGGCUGUGGAGGGGCGUCGGAAGGCUCUGAGUCGAGAGCAGGUUGCGCGCGGUUUACAGGAGAUCUGCAGUUGGCUGGUGGUGCGGUCAAUUGCGAAUGAGUCUCUGCAGGCACGGCUUUUGUCCCAGCAGAAUUUGAUGAACGUCUGGAGGAAGCAGGCGUACAGUCGGCUGCAGACAGACCACUCGUCCAUCGGGACUUCCGAGACGUCCUGUCUCCUCUUGCGGUGUCUGGACGUCUUCCGCGAGAAAAUCGAGUUCUCCAUUCCCACUCGCGCACCCGUUCUCCUCUCUCAACACGAGAAGCUCACAGCGAUGGCUGAGGCGCAUGCAAGCCUGCUCGACGAUGCAGCGCCGGAGGAGAGCGACAGGGCUCGACGCGAGGUCGUCUCGAUUCUGUCCAGAGUCGAACAACAGAGCGACGACGCCCGCGAGCACAAAAUGCGCAACAACUUCCUCGGAGCCGCUCAUGGAUUCACCGAAGGCGCCUUUGAAGGUGCCGACGCUGCGCGUAUCGACGCCAUGGAAGCCGAGGUCGAGCAAGAGCAGGAACAGGAGCAAGAACAAGAGCAGGAGCAGGAGCAGGAGAUUGAGCAGGAGAAGGAAGAAGAGCGAGUUCCAGAGGUCGAAGAGGCGGCUGCCUCUCUCAAGUAUUCGCGCGCAGACCAGGAUCAGAAGCCGUGGCACCUCCACACGCUGGCGGGGACGCCCGACUCGCGCUCCCAGGCGUUCUAUCCCUGCGCCGAGUGGACGAUCUUUCACAAACUGUCUCAGAGACCGGGGAAGACUCUUCCGUUCCCCUCGAGCUUCCUGGUGUCUGCGAAUCACUUCCGACCGUCCUGGAGCUUCCACUCUCACCGGCGCCUGAAGAACGUGAUCAUCGUCAUGGAGUGGCUUCCAGACUGGGACUGUGGAGUCGCAGGGGCUGAAGGCUCUCGAGGCGAGGUCCGCGACGACUGCGAGGAGUCGAGGGAAAGGCGCGAACGCGAAGAAAGCGAGAGACGAAGACGCGUCCAGGAGAUCUUCGACUUGCUUGACACGCGACGACGAGGCGUCAUCGAAGAACGCGCCUUGCCCGAGUUCCUUCGCGCAUACCUCCUCGAAGUAGGGACGGAAGAGGAAGCUCAGAUCCUCGCGCAUCUCGUGCUUCAGAGGAUUCGCCAGCGGCGACGUCGAGAGCAGCAGUCUCGGCGUCUGCCGGCUUCAACCGCAGCAGAGUCUUCGUCUUCUUCUUUGCCUCCUGACGCGCCUUCGCUUCUUGCGCGGGCGUCGCACCGUGUGGGCUCUGCCGUGGGCACAAUGAAUCCGUUGAACUUGCGAAGUCGGAGGCCUUCUUCGGCCGCCUCGCCUUCUUCCUCGGACCCCCCGAGAAGUGUACCCAGUCUCGCCUUGUCCUCCGCGGAGACGGCGUGGACGCAGACACAUGCAGAAACGAGCCGGCCGAACGGCGUCGAGUCGUUUGCGGCUCUCUUUGGCGAGAGCGAGAAGCCGAGGCGCGCGACCGAGAAGCAGCACGACACAGAUGAACUGCUCUUCGAGCCGGACCCGUUCUCGCUGUUUGAGUCUCAGCUGGAAGUUGCCGCGAGGAAGGAGAAAUCUGGAGAAGCCUCUGGGCACUCAGACCUCCUGUCGAGCAACUUGAGCUUUUCGGAGCCUUCUGGCGGUGUGGUGGAUCUCCACGGUCCCUUCCGGAACGAGGCGACAAAGGGUGCAUGCAGUUUGAAGGCGCGGGACGCAGGUGCCGCCGGGGGCCAAGAGUCGGGGAAGCCACGCCGCGAUGCCAAGCUUGAAAUUUCUGUCGAGGAGUUGAUCUACGCUCUCUCGGAUGCGCUGCUCUUCCAGGAAGAACCGAAUCACUUUUACGUCGUUCUCACGCUCGAGGAAGCGGAAGGCGUUCGCGCUGCGCUGCAUGUCAUGCAGCAACAUAACUGUUCUUCUCUCGUUCAGGGAAAGCGAUGUGCCGUCGCCCUCCGAAAUCUCUCUGCUCGCUUUCAGACCGUCGAUGCUUCGCCUCUUUUCCAAAUGAAAAAACGCAGGCUCGCGUCGUUGGUCGGGGUGCAGUCGCAGAUGAUCCACGCAUGUGCGCGGUUCCUGAACAGUUGUUUGCUUUACUCAAACAGACACAUUUCCCUCUUGCUCCAGGCGUUCGAGAAGACGCCAUGUCGAGAGAGGGAGGAGUUUUUCUUUGCAGUCCGUCAGUGCCGGCGCCGAAAUCAGGCAGUCGACUGGCGCCUUCUGCCCAUCUCGCGGCUUUUCUCAAGCACGGAAGACCUCGCCGUUCUCCAGGGACGGUGUCUGCUCGCAGGUCGCCUCCGCGCGCUCCUCAGAGACAAGCACAUGUCUGCCUCCGACGCGUUCCGGGCCUUCGACGUCGUCCGGCGCGGCUCGCUGCAUGCGGCCGAGCUCGUCGCGGGGCUCCAGUGGAUCGGCGUGAGGCAGCUCCCGGAGAAGGUGGACCCUCAGCGCGUGGCGGAGCUUUUGCGGUUCUUCGAUGUCGACCGAGACGGCGUCAUCAGCGAAGCCGACUUUAUCGCCGUCGUUGGCGGCCAGCUGCCGGGCCAGCCAGAGGGGGCGAUCGUAGCUGACGCAAACGGGCCCGCGGGGGCCCCAGCGACUGCCCCUGGGGCUCCAGGCCCCCAGGAUCGGGGACCGGGCGAGAGCGGGCCUCCAGGCCCAGCCCUCGCGCCGGUCCCCGGCGUGGGUGAGCGGGUCUUUGGCGCGGUCGUCGGAGAUACUUCGCCCGUCGCGGGGCGCGCACCCGACACCGCAGCGCCACUCUGGAAGGUCCUGGGUGUGCGGCCCUGCACCGCGUCGAUGGAGUUUGUGACCAAACUGAAGUUUCGGAUCCAGCCCCACACGGCUUUCAAGAAGCUCUGGGAAGGCCGCGUGGUGUCUCUGGGCGGCGCGAGCUCUUCGAGUGUCUCCGACGCGAGUGGCUCGCCCCAGCAGCGCGUUCUGUCGAUGUGGAUGUGCGAGCAACUCGAAGGCCGGCACCGCGGUUUGAUGAAGCGGAACCGCGAGAGGGUAGCCUUUGGACAUUUUGUGUGUCUAGGCCCGGACAUGUCGAAAGCGAUUGCAGGCGACGGCGCGUCGGGCGGCUCCAGUGCGCAUGCGCCGGCUUCCGGCUUUUCUCCCUGUGUUUUGGAAAUCACGGACCCGACGACAUCAGUUAUGUCCGAGAGCGUCGAGUUGCAGCGAUUCAUCGAGACCUUCUUUCCCCUGCCAGCGCGGUACCGGGUGCUCUGGCGGGGGCCUGGGGCCUCUGUAUCAGGGGCGCUUCCCGCGAAGCAGACCUCGCUGGCCGCCUCGUCUCUCACGCUCUGGGUGGGAGUCCCUCCAUCCUCGCUGUUUGUCUGCCUGGGAGUCGCCGUGACUGCCACCGGGAGCGCAAGCCCCGCCCCCAAUGCGCUUCGCUGCGUGCCAAGAAAGUGGAUUCGAGACACGACUAGAAAGGCUCUCUAUCUCGGCGAAAAGCGUGCGAACUUCACCACUUUCGGGGCAGGAGACGCAGACCUGGCCCUCCUCCUAGAAGCUGAAAAAAACCUCGCUCGCAAAAAGACCAAACGCCGGGACGACGACCUCGUCCUAUGGAGCGUAGGCGAAAUGGGCCUCAUGGCCGCGACCGUCGGAGGAGAAGACGAGUCCAGUAUGAAGGCCGCAAACGCCCCGGGGCCGGUACCCCUCGCGGGCGCCAGCACAGGCGGUGUCGUUUGGGGCGACUUCCUGUCUCCGUCUUUCCGGCUAGAGCCGGAGCGCCCCCGGCCAUUGUCUGGGGGCCUGACUGGACCUUCAGGUCCGCAAGAUCUCCUCACCACCAAAGAGCCUGAAGGAGAUACCUGUCGAGCGGCGGCCCUCAUUCCUCAUCUCGUGCCGAGAGCCAAAGGCGGGUGGUAGAAUUAGCAAACAGUCUCUAGAAGAAAGUCGUUUUCCUUCGUUUUCCUCAGGGGUGCAGGGCCUGAAGAAAGCAACGAAGGCCAACUGCCCAGGGAGCUGGUCGUGCCGCAAAGUGCCGCCGUUCCUGUUUAUUCGGGCCUUCUCUUUUUGGUAGGACGCAACAAGGAACCGCUCUGAAGACUCACGAUGGAGGAGACACACCCGGAAGAAACGCGUUUGGCGGUAGCAUUUCUAAGGACGCCUGGGAGACGCUGAGAGGAGCAUGAAUGGUACUUAGCACGGGAGAGUAAAAAUCGGACCAAGAGGCUGAAGCGGGUGCACGCGAGCGCUAGCGAGGUGAUGUCCAGUUUUUUUUUUGGUUUUUUCGUCUGUAUGGGCGAUCUGUCAUCGGUGAGUAAAUAUGUCUUGUUCUCUCCCUUGUGUAAAUGUUAGAUGUGUGCCGCAGUAACACAGUCAGUGCGAUGUCACAACAAGGUUGUUGAUGGUGAAAACAGUGGCUGGCCAAACAUACCAACAAGGGAUAGUCGCGG